GUGAGACAGGUUUGAGACAGCGGUCGCCGCCUUCGGUUUGUUGUCUUGUUGAGAGCCGCCGAGGGAGAAAUUGCAGACUCCGGGAGCUGAGAGGUCUCCUCGUCUGUGGUCCUGACCGAAGGGCCAAGCGCUAGGAGCUGAGAGCUGUACUCGUCUCUGUCACUGAGGAAAGACCAAGCUCCAGGAGCUGAGAGCUUGCGUCGUGUGUGGACGCCCUGAUGACACUUGUGCCUACUUGACCAUACCAACACCACCACCACAACAACAACCACAACACCACCACCACAACAACAACCACAACACCACCACCACAACAACAACCACAACACCACCACCAACAUGGCUGUGGACAUAUUACACACCAGGAACUUCUUCCUUCGCUGCAUGUGUGGCAUCUAUAUGUUUGCCUUCGGAUCUUUCUACCUUCAAGUUCCAGGUUUAUAUGGAGAAAAGGGGAUUUUGCCAGCCCACACACAGCUGCCUAAUCUUAAAUAUCCCAAACAAUGCUUUUUUGACAAGCUGACAGUGCUGUGUUUCUCAUCCUAUGUUGGUCUGAAUGUCUCAUACAUGAUGGAGCUACUGGCCCUUGUUGGAACUGUGCUUAGCUUCGUAGGGAUGGUGUGGAAGUCAUGGUGUACAGCAACCCUCUUUGUCUUGCUCUGGGGCACCUACCUCUCUCUCUACCAGGUGGGACAGACCUUCCUCUGGUUCCAGUGGGAUAUACUUCUGCUGGAGAUUGGUUUCCUCACCAUAUUAGUAGCUCCAGUAAGUAGACGUGCCUGGUCCGAGUAUCGCCCCAGGAACUUAGUGACAAUGUGGUUGAUUCGAUGGGCACUCUUCAGGCUUAUGUUUGCCUCUGGAGUUGUUAAAUUCCAAAGUGGCUGCCCAACAUGGUGGGGUUUGACGGCCCUGCCCCUCCAUUAUGAGUCCCAGUGCAUCCCGACUCCACUGGCAUGGUAUCUUUACCAGCUUCCUGUGUGGUGGCACAAACUUUGUGUAGUUGCCACGUUCAUCAUCGAGAUUCCUGUGCCAUUUCUGUUUUUCAGUCCUGUACGUUCACACAGAAUAUUCAGCUGUUACGCUCAGAUAUUCUUGCAAAUUAUGAUCAUCUUAGCAGGAAACUAUAACUUCUUCAACCUACUGACCAUCACUCUGUGCUUGUCACUGAUGGACGACAUGCACCUUUGCUACCAGCACGUGAAAGACCUGUCAUUUGGGUUUAUAUCGUACGUAAAGAGCACAUGCAGCUGGUUGGGCAAGUGGGUUGGCUUUGGAGUAUUAGCGUACUACUCCAUGGCCUACUUCUCCUUGAGAUUUACCCCACAGGGGACCAUUGAAUCCACCAUAGCAUUUAAUCGUGAAGAGUUUGAUGCCUGGAUGUCUCGAGCUGUGCCCCUCAGCAUAGCUAUUGGGGCUUUCUCUCUAGUCAUCACAAUAGCAGAAGCUCUCACGUCUGCAGUCUUUGAAGUGCGUGGCUGCCUUGACAAGUUUGGGGUCUUUAGCACAACUCUCAUAUACUCCCUUGCUGCAAUCGGCAUGUUUGGAGUCAGUUUGGUUCCGUAUACUGUUUUAGACAGGCCAACAAAUCAGCGUGUCUGGCCUAUAUUUCAAAAUUUAUAUGAACACACUUCUGACCUGCAACUCACCUCUGCUUAUGGACUCUUUCGUCGCAUGACUGGAGUCGAUGGAAGGCCAGAAGUAAUACUGGAGGGUGCCAACAGCCUUGAUGGACCUUGGACUGAAUAUGAAUUUCCCUACAAGCCAGGAACCAUUAACCGUAUGCCUUCAUUUGUAGCUCCUCACCAGCCACGUGUGGACUGGCAGCUGUGGUUUGCUGCUCUGGGAACCUAUAACCAGAACCCCUGGCUCAUCUCUCUGGCCUACCGCCUUCUGUCUGGCCAACCUGAAGUCAUUUCCUUGUUGGAUCCUUCCUCAGCCUGGAGGAACUCUCCACCAAAAUACAUAAAAGCUUCAAAAUACAUAUAUCGCUACUCAGAAUCUGCUAAAGACAGUGACUCUGGAGCGUGGUGGAAACGUACACGAGAAGCGGACUACCUUCCCAUCUUCACAGUGGACCAUGCCCCCCUUGUAGAGUACUUGCGGAAGAUUGGCACCAUUGGUACCAUGGAUAUACCAGCCACUAAUCAGCCUCUACAGCAAGGAUUAAAUGCAAUUAGAAAUACUGUGAAUACGCUUGACCCAGCACUUGUUCUGUGGGGUUUAUUUUUGACGGCUUGUGCCAUCAUCUGGGCAAAAAGAAGCACAAAGCCAAUUGUAGCGUAUGCAACUUCUCGAAAAAAAGGAAGAUGUUGAGCACUUGAUGUGAUGUAACAUAUCUAAAAAUUAUGUUAGACAAUUCAGGAAUAUCAUUGCAUAAUGAAUAUAGACAUUUGUUUACAUUUUCAUCAUAUAGUAUGCCACAGAUUUGGUGGCGGUCAUGGACUUUGGUGUGUUUGAGAAGUUGUGUGGUGAGUGAUUCAAUUUUUGGUUGUGCUCUAGUGCUUUCCGUUUCAACCUCCCCCUUUUAUACAAAUAAUAUUUCUGAUAAUACAAGCCAAAAUUUAAAAAAUUUUGGUAGCAUUUGGGAGGAAACUAGUAAAUAAGUUUAAUCAGUAGAAAAAGAGAUUACGUACAGCAAUUUGCUAAUCACAGAUUUUUCUCCGAGCCUUGAUUUUGUAUAAUCAACGUACUGGGUGGUCUGAUUUUUGCUAGCAAAUACUCAAAAGGCAUGUUCAGUAAUGAAAGGGUAGUAACAUAAAUAGCAAAUUAUGUGAAAUUUUGAAUAAGUAACAUGCCUUAAAUGUGGCUUCAAGACUUACCUGUGACAGUAAAGACUGACAAAUGGGUUUUCUCAUAGCUACUCUUGCUAUGCCAGCUGAAGCCAGAGUGUUUCUACUGCCUUUAAAAUAUGAUCAAAAUAUAAUGCCUUUUAUUUCCAUUUAAUGAAUUAGGGCCCGUAGCUACACUUGUUAUUUAGUUAGCAGUGAAUGAAGUUAUGAGAAUUAUUCUCACUGUGGAACAUUUUUGCUUUAGCUUUUCCUAAAAAAUUUAAACUUAACCCUUAAAAUGCAGCUGUCAUCAAAAUUGUCACCCUGUUAUGGGAGCCAGGACCUAACAAAAAAAUAUUUAGUUUAUUCUUCAAUACAGUAUAUUCCAAAGGUGUCUAUGCAAAAGCAAAAAAUAAAUAAAUAUAUAUAUACUAUAUAUAUAUAUAUAUAUAUAUAUAUAUAUAUAUAUAUAUAUAUAUAUAUAUAUUAUAUAAGGGUUAAUUUACAUAUAAUAACAAAAAUAUUGCACAGUACAGUACUAACCUUAUAAAAGUACAGUAAUAAGUUUAUGGUAAAAUAUAAAGUUUACAGUGACACUGCAUGCUAUUUUCAUUUUGCUUUUUUGCAUUACAUUGAAUUUUCUGCAAAUCAUGGUAAAAUAACAAAUUCAUGUUAUACUGUAUCUCAAUUUGCUCCAGAUAUAAUUGAUAAUUUGUUGUUUAAUUAUACAGCACAGUAAAAUGUUUAAAAAUUAUUGUAAUAGAGAUUACUAAGGAUGUAUAAACAGCAUUUUAACAAAGUUUAUGAAAGUGUCUUUAAUCAGCAAAUGAUUUUGCAUAUAUAAGAGAAACUGCAGUAAUAGUAAAUAAAGUUUAAUAAACUUG